AUGAUAGGGUCCGACCACCGGCCGAUCUUGGCGACUAUCGAUAACAAGAUUUCUAAAGCGAGGCGGCAAUUCCGGUUGGAUAAACGAUGGCUUAAACAAGAAGGAUUUGCGGAGGCAAUCAGAAAAGGGUGGCUAGAUACUCGGAUGAAUGGAGAAUCAAAGGUGGUCGAUAGAAUUCGAAAAUGCCGGCAUGAGAUUUCCCAAUGGCGACAUAAAAACAAACCAUAUGGAAAGGAAAAAAUAGCAGAUUUACAGAAAGCUUUAGAAGAUAUCCAGAAUGAUGAUUCCCGCACUCAAGAGGAGUUAGAUGAGAUUACACAAAAGCUAAAAGAAGCUUAUCGCGAUGAAGAACAAUACUGGAAACAAAAGAGCCGGAAUCUUUGGCUAAAGGACGGUAAUUUGAAUACAAAAUUUUACCAUGCCACCACAAAGCAGAGGAGGGCAAUCAACAGACUGGUCGGAUUACAUGACAAAAGAGAUACUUGGGUUACAUGA